AUGGUGCACAACCAUCGCCAGCAAUUGACAUCUGUGAAGACUGCCUCCGUCGCCGAUCAGACAGUUGACUUUGGGGAAACAGGAACACCCGAGCAUAAUAAUGAUGAAGGGUCAUCGAUUCCCACGGAAUGGGAGCAUCUCGAGUCGAGAAUCCGCCGAAAAACCGACCUACGGCUCUGCUCCAUCGCCGGGAUCCUGUGCAGUCUCAACCUGCUGGACUCGGGGAUUCUCGCAUCCGCGUCAGUCACGACGUUGCUGGAUGAUCUCGACCUACAGGGCCAACGGUACUCGGUGUCAAUAUUCAUCUUCACCGUCGCCAGCGUCGUCUUCCAGCUCCCUUGCACCGUCGCUGUGCGAUGGGUCGGCCCACGGAUCUGGUUUGCCGCUAUCACGUUCUGCUUCGGAUUGGUCACCCUAUGCUCAGCGUUCGUCCAAACCUGGCGCCAGAUGAUCGCCGCCCGUAUACUCCUAGGCAUUUGCAUGUCAGGGAUCUAUCCCGGUUUGACGUACCUCGUCAGCACAUGGUACACCAGGCAGGAACAGCAACUCCGCUUUGCUUUCCUGCAGUCUGGAGAAGUCGCUGCGCUCGCAACGGGCUAUAUCGGCUGGCGUUGGAUGUACCUGGUCCAAGGUCUGAUCACCUGCGUUAUCGGAAUCAUAACGUAUUGGUGGAUAGUCGACUUCCCUGAGAACGCGCGUAGAAGCUUCUACUUUCUGACAGAGGCGGAGGCGGAACACGCCGUCCAACGUAUUCAGGCUGAUCGUGGUGACGUCGUCCCCGAUCCUUUCGAAUGGCGCAAGGUCCUCGUUAACUUUACGGAUCCGAAACUAUACGGCUUCGCUUGCUUGUACUUCCUGCUCAAUAUUGUCUCAACCGCUCUAAACUACUUUCUCCCUCAGAUCCUUCAAUCCGGAAUGGGGUUUUCUAGUAAUGAGUCCAUUCUCCUCUCAACCCCGCCAUACUACUGGUCCAUCAUUCCAGUCCUCUUCACCUCUCUCCUCGGCGACACCUACCUCAUCCGCGGGCCCCUCAUCACAUUCAACGCCCUGUGCCUUAUAGCAGGGUACCUAAUGUUCGGGCUCCCCAUCUCAACCCAGGUAACAGUACGCUACAUCGGCACCUUUCUAGCCACAGGUGCAUACGUGUCUAACUGGGCGGCCCUCAACGCCUUCAUGGCGAACAAUGUCGUCGGCCAAUGGAAGCGCGCUACGACCGCCGCUGCAGUUGCUGCUUGCAACGGGCUGGGCUCCAUUGCGGGCAGCUAUAUCGUGAGACAGCAGGAGGCGCCGGGGUACCAGACUGCAGUGUGGGUUUCGAUUGGAUCGCAUAUCCUUAUGAUUGUGAUUGUGGGGAUGUUUAUGGUGGGUUUUUAUCUCAGCAAUACUCGCCAGAAGCAUGGCGCCGUGCUUCAGAAUACCGUAGGGGCUGCUUUAUCCUCUGGAUUAUGUCUUGGAUAUUAUGCUUACGGUUUCUGGCACAGGUCGGUUUCAAAUAUACAUAUUAAUUGGCUUGCCCUAACAUUCAGGGGAUCGAUACGGGCAUGGCUGGGAUAG